GGAUGGCGUCAGCGGAGUUGAUGGAAGGACCGGGGCACGAAGCUCUAAGGGGAUUGGCUGAAGGUGUUUCCAGUGCGCUUCUCGCUGGGACCCGGGCUCAUCUGGCGCCAAAAUGUCGUUGGUAGCGGGGGUUAUCCGGCGGCUGGACGAGACAGUAGUGAACCGCAUCGCGGCAGGGGAAGUUAUCCAGCGGCCGGCUAAUGCUAUCAAGGAGAUGAUUGAGAACUGUUUAGAUGCAAAAUCCACAAGUAUUCAAGUGGUUGUUAAAGAGGGAGGCCUGAAGUUGAUUCAGAUCCAAGACAAUGGCACCGGGAUCAGGAAAGAAGAUCUGGAGAUUGUGUGUGAGAGGUUCACCACAAGUAAACUGCAGUCCUUUGAGGAUUUAGCUCGUAUUUCUACCUAUGGCUUUCGGGGUGAGGCUUUGGCCAGCAUAAGCCAUGUGGCUCAUGUCACCAUUACAACCAAAACAGCUGAUGGAAAGUGUGCUUACAGAGCACAUUACUCAGAUGGAAAGAUGAAAGCACCUCCUAAACCUUGUGCAGGCAAUCAAGGGACCCAGAUCACGGUGGAGGACCUUUUUUACAACAUAUCCACGAGGAGGAAAGCUUUAAAAAAUCCAAGUGAAGAGUAUGGGAAAAUUUUGGAAGUUGUCGGCAGGUAUUCAAUACACAAUUCAGGCAUUAGUUUCUCAGUGAAAAAACAAGGUGAGACAGUGGCUGACGUGAGGACACUGCCCAGUGCCACCACCGUGGACAACAUUCGCUCCAUCUUUGGAAAUGCUGUUAGCCGAGAAUUGAUAGAAGUUGAGUGUGAGGAUAAAACCCUCGCCUUCAAAAUGAACGGCUACAUAUCCAAUGCAAACUACUCAGUGAAGAAGUGCAUCUUCUUACUCUUCAUCAACCAUCGUCUGGUAGAGUCGUCUUCCUUAAGAAAAGCCAUAGAGACGGUGUACGCAGCGUACUUGCCCAAAAACACACACCCGUUCCUGUACCUCAGUUUAGAAAUCAGCCCCCAGAAUGUGGAUGUCAAUGUGCACCCCACGAAGCACGAAGUUCACUUCCUGCAUGAGGACAGCAUCCUGGAGCGUGUGCAGCAGCACAUUGAGAGCAGGCUCCUGGGCUCCAAUGCCUCCAGGACCUACUUCACCCAGACUUUACUACCAGGUCUUACUGGCCCAUCUGGGGAAGCGGUUAAAUCCACACUGGGUGUGACCCUCUCAUCUGCUGCUGGAAGUGGUGACAGGGUCUAUGCCCACCAGAUGGUCCGCACAGAUUGCCGGGAACAGAAGCUUGAUGCUUUCCUGCAGCCUGUGAGCAAGGCCCUGUCCAGUCAGCCCCAAGCUGUUGUCCCAGAGGACAGGACAGCCGCUUCUAGUAGUGGGGCCAGUCAGCAGGAUGAGGAAAUGCUUGAGCUCCCAGCUCCUGCUGAAGUGGCUGCCAAGAAUCAGGGCUUGGAGGAGGAUGCAGCAAAGAGGACUGCAGACUCGUCAGAGAAGAGAGGGCCCCCUUCCAGCCCUGAGAACCCCAGAAAGAGACAUCGGGAAGGCUCUGAUGUGGAGAUGGUGGAAGAUACAUCCCGAAAGGAAAUGACAGCAGCUUGUACCCCCCGGAGAAGGAUCAUUAACCUCACCAGCAUUCUGAGUCUCCAGGAAGAAAUCAACGAGCGGGGACAUGAGACUCUCCGGGAGAUGCUGCAUAACCAUUCAUUUGUGGGCUGUGUGAAUCCUCAGUGGGCCUUGGCACAACAUCAGACCAAGUUAUACCUUCUCAACACCACCAAACUUAGUGAAGAACUGUUCUACCAGAUUCUCAUUUAUGAUUUUGCCAAUUUUGGUGUUCUGAGGUUAUCGGAGCCAGCACCACUCUUUGACCUCGCCAUGCUUGCCUUAGAUAGUCCUGAGAGUGGCUGGACAGAGGAAGAUGGUCCCAAAGAAGGACUUGCCGAAUACAUUGUUGAGUUCCUGAAAAAGAAGGCUGAGAUGCUUGCAGACUACUUUUCUUUGGAGAUUGAUGAGGUUCCACAACUGUUCUAUCAUCCAUUCGUGCCCAUCCCUGUCCCCAGGCUGCAGGACCCAGACACGGGGGAGAGCUGCAUCCCACGGUCCCUGCACGCCCCAGUGAAGGACAUGGAAGGGAACCUGGUUGGAUUACCCCUUCUGAUCGACAACUACGUGCCCCCCUUGGAGGGUCUGCCUAUCUUCAUUCUCCGACUGGCCACUGAGGUGAACUGGGAUGAAGAAAAGGAAUGUUUUGAAAGCCUCAGUAAAGAAUGUGCGAUGUUUUACUCCAUCCGGAAGCAGUACAUGUCGGAGGAGUCGACCCUCUCCGGCCAGCAGAGUGAAGUGCCCGGCUCCACUCCAAACCCCUGGAAGUGGACUGUGGAGCACGUCGUCUAUAAAGCCUUCCGCUCACACCUUCUGCCUCCGAAACAUUUCACAGAAGAUGGAAACAUCCUGCAGCUUGCUAAUCUGCCCGAUCUAUAUAAAGUCUUUGAGAGGUGUUAACUGUGGUCACCUAUGGACUCUGGGAUGGGUCGUUCUUCCUCUGUAUCUUGAUGUUGGUAGGUUGAACUCUCACGUUUGCCUUCUAACUAGCAGCACUCCUUCAUGUGUGGUGGAUUCACUAUAAAUAAAUAGUCACAUUUGUCCUAA